GCUCGCAGGGGGAAAAGUUCACUUUGGUUGUUGACGAAACUUGCGACGCUUCACUGUGUUUGUAUUGUUAUUUGUCCACUUUUACUUAAGGCACAAUUGAAAAUCCUACUAGCCGCCGUCCUCAUAUUCAGUUUAGGAAAGGCAAUCUUUUGGUUGAUGUAAAAGCACUCAAAACAAGAAAGCUAACGAUCACGUUGAUCAACAGGCGCACGUUUCAGUUUCUCUCAGUUUCUGCUGAAACAGUUCGAAGGUAGAAGAAGAGACAUAAACAAAAGAGAAGGACCUGUUUAUUACCACCGGACUCAGUCAACCAUGUCGCUACAGUGGACAUUCAUUGCUGCUUGUCUCUACAUUGAGAUAGCUGUCAUUGUUCUUCUACUGCUUCCUUUUAUUUCACCACCAAGAUGGCAGAAAGUAUUUCGGUCACGACUUCUGAAGAGCAUGGCUGCUUAUGGCCACAUAUAUUUCAACGUGUUUAUUGGUAUAUUAGUGCUGCUGUUCUUAGAUUCGGUGCGGGAAGUACGAAAGUAUGCUGGUCCAACAGAGGAGGUCGACCUGAAGCAUAAUCCCGAGGCCCAGAUGAUGGCACAGAUGAAGUUAUUCCGUUCACAGAGAAAUUUCUACAUUGCUGGAUUUGCGCUAUUCCUUUUCUUCAUUAUCCGUCGGCUUGUGGUGCUGAUAUCUACGGAUGCCCGUCUGAUGGCGGAGUGUGAGGCCAGUCGCAAGCAGGCAGAGGGCGCCACUGAUGCGGCCCGGAGACUCAUGGAGGACAAGGAAAACAAGGUCAACAAGACCAAGGAGGAGGCUGGCGCAGGAGAUAAUGUGGGUGCCGCCAAGGGGGCUGCUCAGAAGCUGGAUGAAGUGGAAACAGAACUGAAGAAAACCAAGGAUGACUUGCACAAGGCCCAGCUGAACCUGGAGUCCAUGAAGAAGCAGGCUGAAGCUACCAACACGGAGUAUGACAGACUGCUGAAAGAACACUCCAAACUCCAGGAAAAAUUCGAGGCUAUUGAGAGCACAGGAGGGAAGAAGGAUAACUGAUGACACUGUGAUUGCCUUCCUACAGAUUCUUUUCCCUAUUUAUUGGACAUAUCUUUACAUCACAGCUUGUGGUCUGUUUGUUGCUAGAUAAGUAUGUGAUACAGUUCUUUUCAUAUACAUCAUGUACAUAUAUGGUAAGCCCGAUUGAAUUAUUAAUCAAAACGUUUCACGUUAACCUACAAACAAGAAAAGGUGUCAUCAAGACUUCACUGCUGUUCUUUAACUUCUUUUGAGUAGUAUAUAUGUAUGGUAGUGGAGAUUUUCGUUUCGUGACAAACAAUUAAUCAAUUUGGUGUGGCCUCUUCUAACACUAAAAGGGCUGCCAUUCCGUUACUUAGUUUAAGCAGACACUAUGUAUCCUGAAAAUUUGUUAUUUUAAGUGAUUUCCAUUAAUUUGAGAUUUCCAUGCGUAAAUACAUGUUCAUAAUGUAUCUGUGUACAUAUGCCUCUGUACAUCUUCCUGCGGCAAGGGAGCUGACUGACUUUAAAAGUCCAGUUUCCACCCUUGCCGAACAAGGCUGGAAUUACUGGACUCUUGUAGCGCCACCAGUGGCUAUUACCAGUUAUGUCCAUUCUAAGACUCCUAUGGACCAAGCAGAUUCCACCUCGCGUAUCACUUGCGUUUGCUUCACACAAAAUGGUGGCGCCCAGUCAGGACGAUCCUAUCGAUAAUCAAGAUCUAUACUGUGAUAAAAUGGGUCGUACAUCGCGAAAUGCAUCAAAUCAUGUGAGCAC